UUCAAUCCAAUUCAGUUGCUCUCUUUAUACUUGUAUUAUUGUUAUAUCAAAAUGUUGAUUCUCAUUAAUUCUGAUCAAUGUAAUUCCCUUUAAAAAUUCAACUUUUUUUCCACCAAUUUUUGCACAAUAAUCAUUUAAAGUUGAACGCGUUUUUACUUUAUAAUGAAACGACAUUUAGACAACCUUUUUACUCGCAAUUGUAACCUUAUUCAGCUUUAAUUGUUUUCCAAUGUUGACGGAUUGAUUGCCAUUGAUGAUCAGUGAUUGUCUUUGAACCAAAGAUGAUGGAGUGUUAACAGUGUUUUUAAAUUGUCCAACCUUGGAUCGACUAUUGACUAUAACUAAUUUAAUGUGCUUUGUGCUCUUUAUAAGUGAUAAUUGUUCAAAGUGAUUUGCAAUCAACUUUAGUGGUUAAAACGGAUUUAAAAACUAAUUUCAAGGGAAACUCGUUGAUAUACUGUACAGUCAGCGAAAUGUAUUAUAUUAUAUUGAAAGUGUUAUUUAUAUAAGAUAUUUAAUAGAUAAAACAAAGCUAUAUUUAUUCAUCAUUUGAUUAAAUUGAUUCCAUUGAUUUACGACCUAAUUGCAACAAUUGUCUAUUGUUUAUCAUUUUGUUUUUAACUUCAAAAGUCACAGUCAAUCAACCAGCAUCCUACCUGUAACAAGUAAUAUUAUUAUAAUAAAAUGGUCAAGUUAAGUGAUAUCAUUGAUUCUCAAUGGAUCAUGUCAACAUUUUUUCUACUUUUAUCAUUAAUUACAUUAGUCAGAUCAACAGCAAAUUUUCGUGCUCGUGAAAAAGAAAUAUUAGAUUCAAUUAUUGGUGAUGGAAGAUAUGAUAGACGUAUAAGACCUUCAGGAGUAAAUACAACUGAUGGAAAGGAUGGACCAGCAAUAGUUCGAGUUAAUAUAUAUGUUCGAAGUAUAUCACGAAUAGAUGAUGUCGCCAUGGAAUACGCACUUCAAAUUACUUUUCGUGAACAAUGGAAAGAUGAUCGCCUUCAAUACCAUGAUCUGGACGGUAAAAUCCGAUUCUUAACGUUAACCGAUCCUGACAGGAUCUGGAAACCUGAUUUGUUUUUCUCAAAUGAAAAAUCAGGACAUUUUCAUAAUAUUAUUAUGCCCAAUGUUUUGUUACGAAUUUAUCCAAAUGGUGAAAUCCUUUACUCCAUUCGAAUCUCACUUGUACUCUUCUGUCCUAUGGAUUUGAGAUUUUUUCCACUCGAUAAACAAGACUGUGAAAUAAAAAUGGCCAGUUAUGGUUAUACAACAGAAGAUCUUGUUUUUCAAUGGAAACGUGAUGAUCCAGUUCAAGUUGUUAAAAACCUUCAUCUUCCUCGAUUCGGUUUAAGUAAUUAUGUAACAGAAUAUUGUACAAGUCGAACAAAUACAGGUGAAUACAGUUGCAUCGUAGUUAGACUUACAUUUAAACGUGAAUUCAGUUAUUAUCUGAUUCAAAUAUAUUUUCCCUGUGUGAUGCUUGUGAUUGUCUCAUGGGUUUCAUUCUGGUUAGACCCUAAUGCUAUUCCAGCCCGAGUUUCACUCGGUGUAACCACUCUAUUAACCAUGGCAACACAAAUAUCUGGUAUAAAUGCCUCUCUUCCACCAGUCAGUUAUAUUAAAGCCAUUGAUGUGUGGACUGAAUCUUGUUUGACCUUUGUUUUCGGGGCUCUACUUGAAUUUGCCCUGGUCAAUUAUGCUUCUCGAAGUGAUGCUCACAGAGCUGCUCAAAGGCGAGCAGCUGCUCCACCACCACCAAGUCAACCUCCGAUUCGUCGUAAAUCACUUGACAUUGAACAAAUACCUUUUGAUCCAGAAUCAUAUGAAAAUGAACCAUUGGCCUUUCCAAAGAAACCAUUGGUCCGAGGUGUUGAUAACCUUGCAGAAAAACUUCGAGUCUGUGAGAUUCAUUCAGGACCACCAAAUAGGAAUCCCAUUUCUCGCUGGCUCGCUCGAUUUCCAAGCCGUUCCAAGCAAAUUGACGUACUUAGCCGAAUCUGUUUCCCUGUUUGUUUCCUUUGUUUCAACCUUGUAUAUUGGACGCGUUAUUUGAAUGCAGAAGAUCAAGCAGAAUCAUAGUUAAAUGAAAAGGAAAUUGAAAUUUUUGAAAAGAAGCACACAAAAACGCAAGACAAAUGAUUGAAGUCAAAGGUUGAAAGAUUAAUGGACGAUCUUCAUAUAUAAAUGUAUAAAUAAUAUCCAAGCCAAAGAGCCAUUGAUACUAAUGACAACAAAAUUUCUUACCAUCAAAAAUCUCUCUCCUUCAAUCGCGAAAACCUAUGUUAAACACUAACAAAAAAAACUUUUACCACUUUAUUCACUUGUUCCUAAUUAUCAAUCUUUUACGGCUAUUCUCAUCCUUCCUUCCUCUUCUUCCAACUUUUCAUCCACCUCUUACCUGCCAACAUUGUACCCUGUUUUAUUUAAACAAAACUUAACUGCUGUUGUAAUAAUAAAAGGAUAAAGACAAAUAAAAACAAUUCAAGUUUU